UUUUGGGCCAUAAACUCGUACCCACAACAUUCAAUUACGGAUUCGGCUUCUGUGAGGGCACCAUGGGUCGGCUUUCCCCGACGGUCGAUGGCUUCGUUCUGGGAGGAGGCAUCGCCAGCCUUGUAUAAAUUGGGGGGCCACCGUCACCCCACCAACAAAACACAGGUCCUUAAAAAACCUAGUAAUUAGAUAACAUGGAUCUUGCACCCGGAUGCAGGGUUUGGAGACCGUGUUCUCUUCUUCAUCCCACCCACCACCACCACCGCCACCACCACCAUCACUGUCAUUGCCAUUGUUUACGCUUCUGUACGCACCAUCACCAUCACCAUCACCAUCACCAUCACCAUCACCACCACCACCACAACCAAUUUAAUGGUCACCACCAUGUAUGCCCCAAGAUUACUUCUUCUUUCCCUCGAAACCCAGAAUCUUCUGGUCCUGUUCCUCUUCCAAAUAACUUGAACUACUUGAGGGCUUCUGGGUAUGAAGAAGCUCGUGGUUCUGCCUCUCCGAUGUUACAAGAGCAGGCCCAUGAGGAGCUAGAAGAGGAAGAUGAUGAUGACCCAGUUUUUGUUCUGACUGAUGAGUGGAGAGAGUUCUUUGCAAAAUCUGAAGCGAAGAGGAAAUUAGAGAAGAAGCAGGCUAAGAAGAAGGGGAAAAAAUAAAUACAGAAUUUGGAGACAUAUUUGAAUCAUCUCAAGCAUGAGAAGUUGGGGAGAAUUCAUAUGGUAGCCCCACAGUUUUUCAAGAACUACACUUGUAUUACAUUUGGAGGUUAAGAUGAUAGUCAUGGUAUGAAAAAUUUCUUGUUAAAGUCAAAUGUGCCAUUGCUGGGCUUAGAUUUACAUGUUAUUGCUCCUCUAUUACUAUCAAAAAGGUUGGAUUUGUAUCUUUGUUCAUGAUCUCCAGGGCCAGUGUAUUUUAGAUUGAGAGCUUGGUAUUGGCAUCACCUUGCUAAGAUGUAUGAUCUGUAUAAGCCAUGUCAAUCAUACAAGGAAUAGAAGUUUAUGGUUUGUGAAGUCAUAUCAGGCAGUGAUCAUAUA